AUGGUUGAGGAAGGAUUAAUGGUGGCUUGGUCUAUAUGGAAAGCAAGAAACGAGUUGCUAUGGAACAACAAAAUUCGAACUGCUGCGGAUGUUGUCAUUGAUGCACGUUCAACCCUUGAUCAAUGGAGUUACGCUCAAUCUCAUCGAUUUGAUCCCUUGUUGGUACCUGCUGCCACGAAACACAAGGAAGAGCAUUGGUUUAAACCAGAAAUUAAUAAAAUCAAGGUAAACGUGGAUGGUGCAAUUUUUCACAGCAACGGUUUUCAUGGUAUUGGAGCAGUGGCUCGGGAUAGCGAUGGACAAUUGAUUGAAGCUUUCACUACUCUGAAAUGUGGAGUUGUUCAACCAGCCACUGUUGAAGCCUUUGGAAUUAAGGAGGCUUUGAGUUGGAUCAAGUAUAAGGGAUGGUCUAAUGUUAUUGUUGAAACUGAUUCAAUUGUGUCAGUUCAAGCACUUUCUAGUUCUCUUGUUAUGCCUUCAAUUUUUGGCUUGUUAAUUUCGGAUUGUAAAAGUUUGUUAAAUUGUUUGGUUAAUGUUUGUGUGUCUUUUGUUCCGCGAUCUGCUAACAGAACCGCCCAUUGUUUGGCUCGGGGUUCUUGUUAUUGGUCUGAUCGCAUCUUCAAUGUCAGCAAUGUUCCUAAUGCUGUACAUUCUGCUAUAAUGGCUGAUUUGGCUAUUAUAAGUUAA